AUGAGGGUUGUGGAAUCAAUAUUCAGAAGUAUGAAUUCAAGAGAUAUUGUUACAUGGAACACAAUAAUUGCUGGAUAUGUGAUGAACGGGUGCAACUCUAGGGUGUUAGGCCUGUUCCGUAGGCUUCUGUCUACAGGAAUGACCCCUGAUUCUGUUUCUUUCAUUAGUCUGCUCACUGCUUGUGCUCAAGUAGGUGAUGUCAAAGGAGGGAUGGCAGUUCAUGGUUAUAUUUAUCGGCAUCCAGUACUUUGUCAGGAAACACCCUUAAUGAAUGCUCUUAUUAGUUUCUAUAACCAGUGUGACAGAUUUGAUGAUGCUCUUCAUUCUUUCGCUGAUAUUUUGGACAAGGAUUCAGUAUCAUGGAAUGCAAUUCUAUCGGGCUGUGCUAACAGAAAAGAACAUAUUGAGGAGUUCGCCAAACUCUUCUGUGAAAUGUGCCGCAAGGUAACUCGUUGUGACUCAGUCACAAUCUUGAAUUUUAUCCGCAUGAGUACCUUCUGUGGUGCUAAGAGGGUCCGGGAAGCUCAUGGAUAUACCUUGCGAGUUGGUUAUAUUGGGGAAAUAUCAGUUGCAAAUGCUAUUCUCGAUGCAUAUGCAAAGUGUGGUCAGCCGCAGGAUGCAGAUACACUUUUCAGAAACCUAGCCGGCCGGAACAUUGUAACAGGCAAUACUAUGAUUUCUUGCUACCUGAAAAAUAACAGUGUAGAGCAAGCUGAGAGAAUCUUCAACCAAAUGCCUGAGAAAGAUAGGACAACAUGGAAUCUCAUGAUCCAGUUGUAUGCACGCAAUAAUAUGUCUGAUCAAGCUUUCUGCCUGUUUCAUCAGUUGCAGUGUCCCGAUACUGUUGGCAUUACAAAUAUUCUCCUGGCUUGCAUCCAUUUGAGUUCGGUACAACUUGUGAAACAAUGCCAUGGCUACAUGCUCAGAGCAUCCCUAGAAGACAUCCAUCUUGAAGGAGCUCUUCUUGAUGCAUAUUCAAAGUGCGGGAAUAUAACCAAUGCAUACAACCUAUUUCGACUCGGCCCUAACAAAGACCUUGUCAUAUUCACUGCCAUGAUAGGAGGCUAUGCAAUGCAUGGAAUGGCAGAAGAGGCAGUGGAGCUGUUUUAUGAAAUGCUUACACUUGACAUUAAGCCAGACCAUGUAGCUCUAACUGCUCUGCUGUCAGCCUGCAGUCAUGCUGGGCUUGUUGAUGCAGGAAUCAAGGUUUUCAAGUGCGCCAGAGAUAUUUACAGAGUUGAACCGACAGCAGAGCACUACACAUGCAUGGUUGACCUUCUUGCCCGCAGCGGGCGUCUCCAAGACGCAUACAGUUUUGCGUUGGAUAUGCCCCCUCACAUGGCCAAUGCAAAUGUAUGGAGCUCUCUGCUAGGAGCAUGCAAGGUCCAUGGAGAGGUCGGAAUCGGCCAACUCGCAGCUGAUCACUUGUUCUCCAUGGAGGCCGGGGACAUAGGGAACUAUGUCAUUGUGUCAAACAUCUAUGCAGCUGAUGAGAAAUGGGACGGUGUGGAGCAUGUCAGGAAAUUGAUGAAGUCCAAGGAUAUGAAGAAACCUGCAGGAUGCAGCCAGGCACUUGUUUAUAGCCAGUGA